AUGGACUCCAAUACGUUAUACUACUCUUUGGACCUCGUUUCUGGUAGCGGUUUAACUUUGAGCAGUGAGCAAAAAGCUGCCCUGCAGACUUCCCUGGUCAUUCUGAAGAGGAACAACAAAUUCAACCGUAUCCUGUUUUGGGGCAAGAUUCUGGGCAUAAAGGGUGACUAUUUCAUUGCACAGGGGGUUUCAGAGGAUGAGAUGACGGAUAAAAAGAGCCUUUACAGGUAAGAGGUACAAAUGAAAUAGUUUUAGAGCCUCUAGUCUAUUUUACCACAGGAAUAUUAUUAUAGCUAGCUUGCAUUUAGUUGAUGUUGUCACUUGUGGCUUUGGAGUUGAGAACCAUUCUCCUGUUCAAUAUGUUCUCUCUCUGUGUAUGUGUGCCCUCUUGCCCACGUGUUUGUGUCCUCUCCAUACUCCAGUUUCAACUGUGUGGACUGGCACCUGCUUCCCCCUGCCACUGAGGCCAUGCUAGCAGAAGUGUCUGCUGCAGCAAAGGGUCGCUUCGUGGGAGACCCCUCACAUGAGUAUGAGCACACCGAGAUACGGCGGCAAGGGGAGGGGGACGAGGCUGUGGAGGAGGAAAUCAUGGUGAUGAAGAAUGAUAUUGUUUAAAUGUUGAGCUAAUGGUGUUUUGCUUAUAAAUAAGUGUCAGUGAUUAAUGUGCAGUGACUGGAUUCAUAUGACCGUCGUGACUGUGUGUGGUAUUAUUGCAGAAGAGUGAAGACUAGUUUGUUUGGAUGUUUGGUAAUGGUUGUUUGGUUUGUGUUGCAGAUUAAGGUGAAAGAGGAGAAGAGGCUGGCCUCCACGGUCCACACCAUUGAUAAGGAGGUGUCUGUGGUCCCGCGCGGCGCCUUCAUCAAGAGUCCCCAUGGCCUGGUGCAGACCAACCGCAGCUUUGAGGGUAAAGCUAAUUUUCAAAGUCAUUAAUGAAAUGGAUGGCUCCACGUAGAGUGUGGUGGUUCCCAGUUGAGAAUGUGGUCUGACUGUGUGUGGAGAGAUGGGACACAGCUGUGUGUGUUACUGCCUGGAAAGGAUGACUCAGCUGUGUAGUUUUUAGCGCUGAGUGUGUCUGGGUGUGUUGGAAGUUGGAACCAGAAUCCAGACCAUCAUUUAUCACACACUGCACAUUGUGCAUGUGUGUCUGUAGUGUACACACACGUUUUAGUUUUUUUUUUCUCAUACAGACAGAAUCAUAUCAUGCUAUCAGUUACUGAGUGAGUGAAUGAGUGAGUCUGUGUGUGUUCUGUCUAUUCUGCAGGUCUGUCCUCCUUGGAGGCGGGUAAACUCAGCUGCUUCCUGCACUUCACUGAGCCGCAGAAACUGAAGAAGAAAUCCAUCCUGGAGAUGGCUGACCUCAACCCCUCCAUCGACUUCCUGGAUCCUUUGAGUGAGGAUAUCCCCAAAGGUAAUAGAGUUCCAAAUCUCUCACUACACCACUCCUUUACCAGGACCAUUGUAACAGGUGCAGUCAUCCUACCGUUCCUCCCAUGGGAUGGGUUUCCUUCCCACAUGUUGUCUGUCUCUAGAAAUAGAACCAGUUCCUUGAAAAGUACAGCACUUUUGUGGGAGACAAAAAUGUAAUACGAACAUGAGAUUACUAAUGUUUGGCAUGCUCUGAUGGCUAUGCACUAUUAUACUAGACUAGCCUUUUAAUUGGCGCUAAUGAUAAUUUGGGUUGGCAGUUGAGAGCCCAGUUUUUCUGUGAGGAAACUAUCAAGGCAUCCUCCUCUGCAGGGCCAGCUCUGGCCUUUUGGGGGCCCUAAGUGAGACUUGUCAAACACAUCUAUAAACAACAGUUACACCAUACAUAUCUAUACACACAUCAAUUACACAAUACAUAAGAAAGCAAACACAAAACGAACCAAAUCUACCAACUUUAAGGACUUUUGGCGAUCAAUCCACAUUAUAGGUGCAAAAAAAAGAAACUCAGAUUUACCUAACUCGUGGAGAUUGAAGGGAUCUCCAGGGUAAGCCAUCCCUGACGGGUAUUUGUUCACUCAGGUUCCCUUUAUCUAAUAUUAGGUUUGGUUGAAGAUCUGAAAACAUUCAGUAUCAAAAAUAUGCAAAAGUGGAGAAAAUUAGAAAGGGCACAAAUACUUUUUCACAGCACUGUAUUUAUAAGCGGGGCACCGUCCAAAGUAAGUAUACAUACACUACCAGUCAAAAGUUUGGACACAUCUACUCAUUCAAGGGUAUUUCUUUAUUUGUAAAACAUUUUACAUUGUAGAAUAAUAGUGAAGACAUCAAAACUAUGAAACAACACAUAUGGAAUCAUGUAGUAACCAAAAAAGUGUUAAACAAAUCAAAAUAUAUUUUAUAUUUAAGAUUCUUCAAAUAGCAACCCUUUGCCUUGCUGACAGCUUUGCACACUCUUGGCAUUCUCUCAACCAGCUUCAUGAUGUAGUCACCUGGAAUGCAUUUCAAUUAACAGGUGUGCCUUCUUAAAAGUUAAUUUGUGGAAUUUCUUUCCUUCUUAAUGCGUUUGAGCCAAUCAGUUGUGUUGUGACAAGGUAGGGGGGUAUAAAGAAGAUAGCCCUAUUUGGUAAAAUACCAAGUCCAUAUUAUGGCAAGAACAGCUCAAAUAAGCAAAGAGAAAUGACAGUCCAUCAUUACUUUAAGACAUGAAGGUUAGUCAAUACGGGACAUUUCAAGAACAUGAAAGUUUCUUCAAGUGCAGUCGCAAAUACCAUCAAGCGCUAUGAUGAAACUGGCUCUCAUGAGGACCGCCAAAGGAAUGGAAGACCCAGAGUUACCUCUGCUGCAGAGGAUAAGUUCAUUAGAGUUACCAGCCUCAGAAAUUGCAGCCCAAGGAAAUGCUUCACAGAGUUCAAGUAACAGAUAUAUCUCAACAUCAACUGUUCAGAGGGGACUGUGUGAAUCAGGUCUUCAUGGUCGAAUUGCUGCAAAGAAACCACUACUAAAGGACACCAAUAAUAAGAAGAGACUUGCUUGGGCCAAGAAACACGAGCAAUGGACAUUAGACCGGUGGAAAUGUGUCCUUUGGUCUGGAGUCCAAAUUUGAGAUUUUUUGUUCAAACCGCCUUGUCUUUGUGAGACGUGGUGUGGGUGAACGGAUGAUCUCUGCAUGUGUAGUUCCCACCGUAAAGCAUGGAGGAGGUGGUGUUAUGGUGUGGGGGUGCUUUGCUGUUGACACUGUCUGUGAUUUAUUUAGAAUUCAAGGCACACUUAACCAGCAUGGCUACCACAGCAUUCUGCAGCGAUACGCCAUCUCAUCUGGUUUGGGCUUAGUGGGACUAUCAUUUGUUUUUCAACAGGACAAUGACCCAACACACCUCCAGGCUGUGUAAGGGCUAUUUUACCAAGAAUGAGAGUGAUGGAGUGCUGCAUCAGAUGACCUGGCCUCUACAAUCCCCCAACGUCAACCCAUUUGAGAUGGUUUGGGAUGAGUCGGAUGGCAGAGUGAAGGAAAAGCAGCCAACAACUGCUCAGCAUAUCUGGGAACUCCUUCAAGACUGUUGGAAAAGCAUUCCAGGUUAAGCUGGUUGAGAGAACGCCAAGAGUGUGUAAAGCUGUAAUCAAGGCAAAUGGUGGCUAUUUGAAGAAUCUCAAAUAUAAAAUAUAUUUUGAUUUGGGUAACACUUCUUUGGUACUACAUGAUUCCAUAGUUUUGAUGUCUUCACUAUUAUUCUACAAUGUAAAAAAUAGUAAAAAUAAAGAAAAUCCCUUGAAUGAGUAGGUGUGUCCAUACUUUUGACUGGUAUUGUAUAUCAUUAGAAACAUUUUAACGUGAUUUGGAAAAUAAAAUAUACUUGGUUUUACCUGCAUGAAGUACCAAUUUCAGUUCAACAAAGGCUUUCUGCAGGAGAAUAAAGACAGAUUGAAGCUCUGACAGGGCCUGGUCAGCUGUGGGGGAAAUAGCAUACACCACAGUGUUAUCUGCAUACAGGUGAAAGUUACAUUUUGUUUUUACAGAUAAACCAAUAUUGUUAAUGGAAAUAGUGAAAAGAACCGGACCAAGAAUCAAUCCCUGUGGGACACCCUUUGUUAUUUCCAGAAAAUCUGAUUUAACACCAUCAGUAAAUACACACUGUGUUCUGCCCUUUUCAAACCAGCUACAUGCAGCCUGGUCCAGGCCAAUUGAUGAAAGCCUCUGAAUAAGUAAUGAGUGAUCCACAGUGUCAUCUAAACCAAACAAUUAAAAACCAAAGAAGUAACAGAGAUGGUGCUAUGACCUGGUCUGAAACCAGACAACUGUGGGCCUAUCUGCUAACAGCAGCUCCUGCCGUGGGUCAGUAGCGAGGACAUGAGCAAGGCUUAAUGGAUAAACAGGCCAACAAAUUGCCAAUGGCUGCCUUGCUCUACUGAUCAUGGAUCAUUAUCAGAUGGAAUAUAGAUUCUAGAAGAUGGUUGAAGUAUUCCCUGGGCAGUAUUCAAACUACUUUUCAGUGCCCAAUCUGGGAUGGACUUGACAAAAAGCUUGCAGCCUUUCCCUUAAGAUAGUCAUAUAGCGAACUUUUAGGUCAAGCCUUUGGGCCCACCACCUACAGUCACCAUCUUUUUCACAAGCGAAGCAAACAUGAUUCAACCAGAAACCAAAACAGAUGGCAAAUGUAAUACAGUACUGCACACUGAGUGUACAAAACAUUAAGAACACUCUCCUAAAUUUGUCUUGCCCAUUCACCCUCUGAAUGGCACACACACAUAAUCCAUGUCUUAAUUGUCUUCAAAAUAUUUUUUUAACCUGUCUCCUCCCCUUCACCGACUGAAGUGGAUUUAACAAGUGACAUCUAUAAGGGAUCAUAGCUUUCUCAAGGUCAGUCUGUAUAUGGAAAUAGCAGGUGUUCUUAAUGUUUUGUACACUCAGUUUAUAGCUGGAUGAUAUCAAACUGUACUUUGUCUAAACAGACAUGUAUCACAAUUUGUUUGUGGUGUGGGUGCUGUGGAAAAGUGAUAGAUACUGCUGUGUGUGUGUCCAGAGCCUCUGUCUAAAACAUCACAGCUGUUCAAUUCAAAGGGAUGAGCAUCUCUGUGGUGUGUGAAUGAGUGUGCCUGUGCGUGCAUGUUUGUAUAGCUUUCCCAAACCAGCUUACAUUACACAGCUGUCCCAGUGACAGCAUCACCCUCACUGAGAACUCAUUAACGGCCAGGCCUCAAGCCUUUGCUGGAGGGAGCGAGAGACCCAGACUAAAGACAGUCUCUAAGGAGAAAAUGGUGGAUCUCCACUAAAAGAUGGGUGCUUUCCUCUGGGAUCCCUGAGUAAAGCUACUCCUCUCACCACAGCGAUCCUCCAGACUUGCCUGGAAGUAUGUGGCAAUACCCCUUCCAUGCCUGUUCUCCUACUGGGUUCCUCCUUAUGCUACAUGUGAGUUUGAAACCGCCAGUGUGCGUUUCAGUGGAAAGUAGACUUAUCUGGACACCAUUGCUGAACAGCUUCUCAAAUCACGUCAUCAUGGCAGGAGAGUGUCUUUGGGUCAUGGAAGAUGAAUCCCACCCCGUAGACAAAGAGCAUUGUGAAACACCUCCCAAUAAACACAAUUUCUGGAAUCUAUGUUUCUAGAUAGCUCUUGCAAAAUGUUUCAUUUAAUUUCCCACCCCAUAGCAUUGUGAAACUGAAAUACGAGAGAAAAACAGUAUAUCAGAACAACAGACCCAAUUUACUGAAAUCGCUGUUCCUAGAUAGCUCUGGCUCAAGGUUUUUCCUAGAUAGCUCUGGCACAAGGUUUCAUUUCAUGUUUAAUGCUUUGAUAAUUGUGAGGUUCCAGAUUAAUUAAUGAUUUCCAACAAGUCCUGGAGCCUUCUGAUUAAUGGUGCAGUGAAUCUGUUGUGAGAAUUCUGCUAGGCUCCCAUUCAGCAUUAAGUGUUCUCUGGCUAUGGGUGAUGGCCAUGAGCAGACAGCUGCUCCGCCAGGCCACCCUGAUAUGUAGAUUCAGGGAAAGGGCCUACUGAACCCUUCUAAAUUAUUGAGCUAUCAGCCAACUGUUACCUUUUUGCUGUGUAGACUUCUUUACAUAGGGAAUAGUGGAGUCAGUUAAUGAGGGAGUAAUGUGAGACCUGUACAUGGUCUCCGUUUAUGAAAGGUCAUGGAGGCGCAGCAGUUUGUGUGAUAGUCUUCAUAACCCAUAUAUUUUUGAAUGUGUAGGGUCGUGGAGCUUGCAGUUUGAGCGUGGCAGCACAGUGUGUGUGAUCCGCAGUAUGCUGUGGCUGGGCCUGACCUUCUUCCACGUACCCAUGACCCCCCAGCAUGGAUACAUCUACAUGGGCGACGGACUCAAGAACCUGGACCUGCCCUUCAUGCUUUAAAGAGCCAGUGAGAUACAUCUGAGCAAGCAGUGUUUCAUCCCCACCCAAAACUGAGUUCUAUUUAUGCAAGAGAUGUUUCUUUCCUGUUAUUUAAAGUAAAUAAACAGAAACUAAAAUC